AUGAGGCUUGAAGUCACCGCUAAUCGUGCUUUUCGAGAAAUGCAACCCGGCAUGUACUAUAUUGAAAAUGGUGAUUCGGAAGUUUACGGUUACGUGAUUAUGAACGAUAUUGGGGAGACUUCGUUGGAAAAGCUUGGUUGGUUUCGUUUUGUUGACGGUGAAUGGGACAUCAGACGAGGAUCGAUUAAUGUUCGCCAAGCCCAUAAUGUGUACUUCACCAACUGCCUUGAACAGACUUACUACACUGCAUUCGAUGCUAACUACUUUGUGUUGAACAACAAUGACAGAAAAGCACUUCAUGUCGGCAUGGGCAGAUCUAUGUCUUCGGAUCCAUGGAUUGAUUCCGCUACAUAUACGGACCGAGCCGUUGUUGUACAGCAUGCCGAGGGGCUGUCUGUCACCAUGCAUGUGAUAACAGAAACUCGUCCAAAAAUCCAGCGACACUCAUCCGAACUUGCCGAUUUCUCGGGUACAAUACACGUGGACGAGAAAAGCAAUUACUACUUAAAUAUCACAUUUUUUGGAGCCAGUUCGAAUUUCGCUGUCAAGCUCUACUUUAGGAAGCUCGUGGGACCAUCCUUGGUAGCAUCUUCACUAACGAAACGAGAUCACAACUGCAAGGACGCGUUCAUGUUCCAAGUCAGUGUUGCCUAA